GAUAGAGAGGUGCUGUGCUCCGGUGUGUCUUUCUGUCCCCUGCCGUGUGUAUGUGGAGAUGAGUGCAUGGACACAGCGUGAUCCCAGCGAUUGAUGAUUACCCUGCUGUGUGUGUGUGUGAUCAGGUCGUGUUGUUGGAGCUGGUGCGAAGACUCUGAACCCUGUCAUGGAGUCGGGAAAGCAGCUGACAGGCACUCUAGCCCUAGCAGUGUUUUCAGCAGUCUUGGGUUCUCUACAGUACGGAUACAGCCUGGGCGUCAUCAAUGCGCCACAGAAGGUGAUCGAGCAGCAUUAUGGGCGGUCCCUGGGGGUGCUCCCUGAGGAGCCUCUCCUCCUAUCAGAGAACGGUACAGGGACAGAAAAGCAGGAAGUGCAUCCCUCUGUGGUCAUGUAUUGGUCUCUGUCUGUGUCGAUCUUCUCCAUCGGGGGCGUGGUGUCGUCCUUCCUGGUGGGCUUCAUUGGAGACCUGAGAGGAAGGGUGAAGGGCAUGUUGAUGGUGAAUGUGUUAGCAGUAAUAGCAGGACUACUGAUGGUGAUGGCUAAGAUGUGGAAACCCCACGUCAUGGUCAUCGCUGGACGAUGUGUCAUGGGAUUCUACUGUGGUCUGUCCUCAGGAUUAGUUCCUAUGUAUAUAGGGGAGAUAGCUCCCAUGGCCUACAGAGGAGCUCUGGGAACCUUACAUCAACUGGCUAUUGUUACUGGUAUAUUACUGAGUCAGGUGCUAGGUCUAGAGUUCCUCCUGGGUAAUGACUACUACUGGCCGCUGCUGCUGGGUCUGUCUGGAGCUCCUGCUGUGCUACAGUCUCUACUGUUGCCACUGUGUCCUGAGAGUCCCAGAUACCUCUACAUCAAGAGAGGCAUGGUGGAGGAGGCCAAGAAGAGUCUGCGCCGUCUGAAGGGAGAGUAUGACCCAUCAGCUGACCUGGAGGAGAUGAGGAGGGAGAAGGAGGAGGUGGAGAAGGAGGUGCAAGUUUCUAUCGCCAUCCUGGUAUGUUCAAUAUCUAGUCUACUGAACAUCUGGUCUAUAGCUGUCUAA